UUCCAGCACUAGCAAGAGUAUACUCGUACAUCAUACGUUCUCGCUUUCGUUUUUCGUUCAACAACGUUCAAUGGAUUUAUCCGGCGUUUCAAUCGACUCCAUCGGUGGUCCUCUGACCAUUGGUGAAAAGAAGGACUCCAUUGGUGAACGCGAGAACUCGAUUGAUGAAAAGAAAAACUCCAUUGGUGACAAGAAGGACUCCCUUGGUGAACGGGAGAACUUCAUUGGUGAAGUAGAGGACUCCAUUGGUGAACGGGAGAACUCUAUUGUUGACAAGAAGAACUCCCUUGGUGAACGGGAGAGCUUCAUUGGUGAACGGGAGAACUCUAUUGAUGAAAAGGACUCGCUUGGUGAACGGGAGAGCUUCAUUGGUGAACGGGAGAACUCUAUUGAUGAAAAGAAAAACUCCCUUGGGGACAAGAAGAACUCCCUUGGUGAACGGGAAAGCUUCAUUGGUGAAUGGGAGAACUCGAUUGAUGUAAAGAAAAACUCCCUUGGGGACAAGAAGGACUCCCCUGGUGAACGGGAGAAAUUCAUUGGUGACGAAGAGGACUUCAUUGGUGAAGAGGAGGAUACCCUUGGGGAACGGGAGAACUCCAUUGAUGAAAAUAUCUCAGUUGGUGAACGGGAGAGCUUCAUUGGUGAAGAGAAUAACUCCCUUGAUGAACGCGAGAACUCCACUGGUGAACGGGAGAACUCCAUUGAUGAAAAUGGCUCACGUGGUGAGUGUGAGAACUUCAUUGGUGAAGAGGAGGAUACCCUUGGUGAAGUGCAAGAUGAAAAUGACUCACUUGGUGAACUGGAGAACUUCAUUGGUGAAGAGGAGGAGCCACAGCACGUUGCAGGUGUCGACGAGAGUGUGAAGAAAUUGACCGAAGAAUUGGCAUAUUUGCAGUUCGAACAGAAGCAACUAAUGGAAAAUGAAAUGAAUAAACCAAGUAUUGUUUCGCUGGCCGAGGACUGGGACCUUAACCCGACAAUUCGCAGAACUUUUGCGAAUUUCGAAGCACUGGUCGCGGCAAACUCAAUAGUGGAAACGGGCCUGAAGCCGCAUUAUCUUGAACUCGUUAAGAGAGCGAAUCCUGUGUCGACACAGUGCCCGCGGAUUAUGGAGCGUGCCACAUCGAUACGCAACAAUCUCAUCAUGGCUGUGCUGUUUGCAGACGUGAGAGCCGCACGUCUACAGGAUCAGCUAAUGAAGGCAUCGGGCCUGCUGAGUCCCGAGAAGGUCUUGCAGGCAAUUGGCAUUCUGCCGCCUGAGCCCUCCACCAGCAGCACCUCCAUGGCGAAUGACCUGGCGAAUGCUGUGCGCUUCAGGUGCAUCAAAAUGUUGACCAGCGCGCUGAAGGUCGCUUCGCUGCCCGAAGAUUGUGCCGCGUGCAAGCCCGAAGAAAAGGCCGCCCAGCUAGAGGCUGCCAUUUACGCGGGCUUGAACAAAACAAACAAAAAGUACAAGAAACGCAUACAAUCUCGUGCGGCCCAGUUGAAGGAUGUGAAUAAUCGGGAAGUGCUCCGCAAGUACAUGAGCGGCGCCAUCACGGCCGAGCAGCUGGCCAAAAUGACGCCCAAGGAGAUGGCCAGCCACAAGAAGACCAGCAACGAAAAGAACAGCAACCCAGAAGCCGACUAAACGUGUGGAAACUGCUGCCACACAGUUUAGCAAAUAGCAAAUACCUCGACACAUUCCAUUAUUACACGAGACUAGGGGGAGUGGACU